GGAGCCGGCGGGGCCUGCGGGGCUCCGGGCUGGUUACAGCAGCUGAACCCCUCACAACUCAGACAUGGCAGCCCAGAAGGAUCAGCAUAAAGAUGCCGAGGCGGAAGGGCUGAGCGCCACGACCCUGCUGCCCAAGCUGAUUCCCUCUGGCGCAGGCCGGGAGUGGCUGGAGCGGCGACGGGCGACCAUCCGGCCCUGGGGAACCUUCGUGGACCAGCAGCGCUUCUCUCGACCCCGCAACCUGGGCGAGCUGUGCCAGCGCCUCGUACGCAACGUGGAGUACUACCAGAGCAACUAUGUGUUCGUGUUCCUGGGCCUCAUCCUGGUGACGUCUCCCAUGCUACUGGUCGCCCUGGCUGUCUUCUUUGGCGCCUGUUACAUUCUCUAUCUGCGCACGUUGCAGUCCAAGCUUGUGCUCUUCGGCCGAGAGGUGAGCCCAGCCCAUCAGUACGCUCUGGCUGGAGGCAUCUCCUUCCCAUUCUUCUGGCUGGCUGGUGCGGGCUCGGCUGUCUUCUGGGUCUUAGGAGCCACGCUGGUGGUCAUCGGCUCCCACGCUGCCUGCCACCAGAUCGAGGCUGUGGAUGGGGAGGAGCUGCAGAUGGAGCCCGUGUGAGGUAUCUUCCAAGACCUGCUGGCCUCCUGGGCGAGCCGCCCCAUCCCUGUCCACCCCUGUCAGGGACCAUCCUGCUGCCCCCUGCUCCCAUCGCAAGCCCAGGGAGGGGCUCCACCUUUAGAAAUAAAGCUGUUACAGUUGCCAUUCA